AGCGCCCCCCUCCCCCGCAUGAGUCUGGAUGAGUCUCGCGCGCUGCGUUUGCUGGCUGCAGCGAGCUGGGAAGAAGAUCUUGGGGACUCGUCACUUUGGUGCAAUCAUGCCGGUAGACUUGAGCGGCUGGGGAGGCUCCUUAAGCCUCCCGGAGGUGGAAGACAAGCCGGCGCAACCUCUGCGGGUCCGCUACGGGUCGGUGGAAAUUGAGGAGCUCGGUCAAAUACUUACACCGACCCAGGUCAAGAAUCGGCCCACCCUGAUCGAGUGGGAGAAUUGCAACCCGGAUAAAUUCUACACUUUGGCUCUUACGGAUCCUGAUGCUCCCAGUAGGAAAACCCCCAAAUUCAGGGAGUGGCACCACUUUUUGGUGACCAACAUGAGAGGCAAUGAUAUCAGCAGUGGGCAGGUUUUGUCUGACUAUGUUGGAGCUGGGCCACCCAAAGGAACAGGCCUUCACCGCUACGUCUGGUUGGUUUACGAGCAGUCCCAGCAGCUGACCUGCAACGAGCCCACCCUGAGCAACCGUUCGGGGGACAAACGUGGAAACUUCAAAAUAUUGGCCUUCCGCAAGAAAUACAAGCUGCCUUCCCCCGUCGCGGGCACCUGCUUCCAAGCCGAGUGGGACGACUACGUCCCCAAACUCUACGAGCAGCUGUCUGGGAAAUAAAAUCACCUCCGUUUUAGUGCCCUAGUUCCUCUUUCUUGGAAAUCCUUCCCUUAGGAUAAAUGGCCUGGUUGACUCCGGAUGCAUUAGUGAAAAUGAAUUGCCAUUGAAUCUGUAACACGAAUUAAUCUAGGUUAAUUUGUGACGGGGCCCUUUAAUCAGCAGUCUUUAUGGUUUAAGAAGUUUUUUUCUUUUAAAACCUGCAGUUGAAUUGUACCUCACAUUUGCUACUUUUCAGAAGUUUUGAUCCUGAGAAUAGAAAACACCUCUAUUUCCUAUAACCAUCUUAAAUAUUAUCAGAGCAACUUAGCUUGUUGUGAAGGUGAAUUGCAUGUCUACCUUACCUUAAAAAAAGGGGGGGGGGGGUUUGCACAAGUGUCAAACAUUUUAUGUAGAACACUCCAACCUGCACUCCCAUAGAGUCAGUAGUAACUGCAGUAUUUCUAGCCAGCAAUGGGAUUAUGGAGCCCGAUGCAUCUGGAAGAUGCCAGAGAAAUCAAGAAUCUCAUAAAAUUGGAAUAUAAGCAUCUCUUACCGUAAGUUAAGAGGGGCAGAGCUGGUUCAGCGUGGUUUGCAACCAAAGCAUCCUGUAAUCUCCCUGAUUUUUCCAUUAAAGAGGAAUGUGGCUACCGA